UUCCGCACACAGGCUUGUCUGAUUCUUUCGCUUUCCCUUCUACAUUCCCUUCCAACCAUCCGGUCUGUGACCGUCACACUCUUUCCACCCUCUCAUUCCUUAACCGUCUGGUAUACUGGUAUACCAGUCCUUUCGCUGUCUUUUCCUUCCAAAACUUUGACUUUUACCUCCAAACCGCCAACAUGAAGCAAGCUGGAUCCAUCCUCGCCCUCGCUGGUCUCGUCUCCCUGGCUCAGGGUCACGGUUUCGUCACCAGCCCCCAGGCUCGUAUGCCCGGUUCGGCCAUGGAGGCUGCUUGCGGUACCCAGGUGUACAACAACCAGGAGGCCGACAACUACGGCAACGUCCAGGGUGAGCUCCAGAUCGCCAGCGGUCAGAGCGACUACGACGCCUCGGCCUGUGACAUCUGGCUCUGCAAGGGUUACAAGUACGCCGACAACAAGGACAACGUCUACUCGUACACGGCUGGCGAGACUGUCGACUUUGUCGUCGACAUCCGCGCUCCCCACACCGGUACCGCCAACGUCUCCGUCGUUGAGACCUCCACCAACACCGUCAUUGGCUCUCCCCUGAUCUACUGGAGCGUCUACGCCUCCACCGCCACCGGUGUCACCAAGAACGAGACCAACUUCAGCGUCACCAUCCCCGAUGACCUCGGCGACAAGUGUACCGAGGGUGGUGCCUGUGUGCUCCAGUGGUGGUGGGACGCUGCCUCCAUCGACCAGACCUACGAGUCUUGCAUUGACUUCACCGUCGGCGGCUCCAGCUCUUCCUCUUCCUCAUCUUCUUCUUCCUCUUCUUCGUCUUCUUCGGCCGCCGCCACCAGCACCGUCGCUGCCACCGAGUCUACCACCACCGCUGCUGCUGCUAUCACCACCCCCGCCACGGCCAACAACGUCGCUCCCGUUUCCUCCAGCGUCCCCACCACCCUGGCCACCAGCGUGAAGGAGAGUGCCACCACCGUUGCCGCCGUUGCCUCCAGCAGCGCCGAGGCCUCGAGCGUGUCCAUCCCCACCGACGGCACCGCCGAGGAGCAGCUCACCUGGGUUGCUAGCCUGCUCAAGGCUCUCCUCCAGUACGCCAACUAAGCGUGGUGUGUAUCAGUUGUUGUUGUUGAUUAGAUAGAGGUGAAUCAAACUGCCUGUGCAUUAGAAUUCUUUCCUGUAGGCUGAAUGUGGUGUUGUUAGACCGUAUGUUAGAUAUA